CGGUUGUCUUCAACCUCAUUGCCUGCGUUCACAGUGGAACGGGAAUGGCUGUAGUAGGAUUCACCUGUGUUCUCCUCAUAUUUUCAACUGAUCCUCUGAAACCUUGAGUUCUGGGGGCGAGCCUGGAGGGGUGGGGCAGCUUUGGUUACCGUGACAACUGCAAGACACCAGUUUAGGCUUUGAGAAUUUGGGAAGGGAGAGCUUCUUCUGGAAUGACUCCUUAAAAUACGUGUGAGUCGGGUUCAAACUCAAGUGUUAUUUCAAAUUCUGUGCUCGUAACCACAGAAUUUGAUUGUUUUUUGUUUGUUUGUUUGUUUUUUUGCGGUACGCAGGCCUCUCACUGUUGUGGUCUCUCCCGUUGCGGAGCACAGGCUCCGGACGCGCAGGCUCAGCGGCCAUGACUCACGGGCCUAGCCGCUCCGCGGCAUGUGGGAUCUUCCCGGACCGGGGCAUGAACCCGUGUCCCCUGCAUCGGCAGGCGGACUCUCAACCACUCCGCCACUAGGGAAGCCCCAGAAUUUGAUUUUGAAAGGUUUAUUCGGGUUGUGAUGUAGAGAAGCCAAAUUUGAGGCAGGGUAAUUAGUUAGAAAGCUAAUGUAGCAAUUUAAUCACAGUUUGAAGGUGUCCCGAGCCAGGGGAGUGGUGUAGAGUUGCGGAGCAGAGAGAAGAUAGGAGAAGUACUAGCAGGUAGUACUAGCAGGACCUAAUAAUCAAUUGGAUAUGUGGAAGGAGGGAGAGGGGUCCUGAGCAUCUGGACGGUUAACUCCAAACUCAGCUUGGCACAAGGCUGUUUUUGUAGAUUCUUUUCCCGCCAUCUGCUUUCCGCCCCCCUCCUCCACGCACACCCCAAACUCUGUACAUGCCAAGUGUGUUUGAUGUUCUAGUUACCAGAAUAUUGUCCUCACCUUUUUGUGACACUGAGCCAGGUUACAUAGUUUCACUGAGCCCUUCAGUUUUUUUCAGCAUGAAAAUGGAAGAAAGUAAUACCACUUACUUCCGGAUUUCUGUAAGGAUUAAAUUAGAUACUUUGUAGCCCUGGUGUAUAGAAAGGGCCCAAUAAAUGUUAACUACUACUGUUAUUAUUUGUCAUAUUGUUUUAUUAUACAUUAUUUUGAUGUUUCUUCCCCUAGAUGACUCUUUUUAACUUAAAAGUCUGGAAUAGGUAUGAGUGAUUUCAGUGAAGAAUUGAUAAGGCCCACAACAGAGGGGGAACCGCGUGCGCCCUCUGGUACAGGGAUGUGUUUUCCUUGGCUCCAAAAGCAUAUAGAAACCAUAGCGACUGGAGGAAAACAGGAGAAGGAUUUUGCUCAGACAACAAGUGCUUGUUUAAGUCUUAUCCAAGAAGCUCUGCUGAAGCACCAGUGGCAGCGAGCUGCAGAAUACAUGCACAGUUACUUUCAGAUCUUGGAAGAUUCAGAUAGCAACAAGAGACAGAUUGCACCGGAGAUUAUUUGGAGGCUUGGAAGUGAAAUUCUUUAUUAUCAUCCCAAAAGCAGUGUGGAGACUUUCAAUACCUUUGCUGACCGGAUGAAAAAUAUUGGUGUCAUGAAUUACUUGAAGAUCUCCUUACAACAUGCAUUAUACCUUCUGCAUCAUGGUAUGCUUGAGGAUGCGAACAGAAAUCUCAGCCAGGCAGAGACAUGGCGAUACGGUGAAAAGUCGUCUUCUCAGGAAGUGUUAAUCAACCUUAUUCAGGCCUAUAAAGGGCUUUUGCAGUAUUAUAUUUGGUCUAAAAAGAAGAUGGAAUUGUCUCAGCUUGAUGAGGAUGAUUAUACUUACAACACAGCGUCCCAGAAUAUGCUCAACCACAGCUGGAAGACAUCUAUAAACCUUUGUGCAUUGAUUCAAAUUCCUGGAGUUUGGGACCCUUUUGUGAAGAGUUAUGUAGAGAUGCUGGAAUUCUAUGGGGAUCAAGAUGGAGCCCGAGAGGUGCUUACCAAUUACGCCUAUGAUGAAAAGUUCCCAUCAAAUCCAAAUGCUCAUAUCUACUUAUACAACUUUUUAAAGAGAGAGAAGGCACCAAGAGAGAAAUUGAUAAGUGUGCUUAAGAUUUUGUAUCAGAUUGUACCAUCUCAUAAACUGAUGUUAGAAUUCCAUAGAUUACUGAGAAAAUCAGAAAACGAAGAACACCGUAAACUGGGGUUGGAGGUAUUAUUUGGAGUCUUAGAUUUUGCUGGAUGCACUAAAAAUAUAACUGCUUGGAAAUAUUUGGCAAAAUAUCUCAGACAGACUUUAAUGGGGAGUCAUCUUGCCUGGGUUCAAGAAGAGUGGAACUCCAGGAAAAACUGGUGGCCAAGCUUUCACUUCAGCUACUUUCGGGCAAAAAGUGAUUGGAAGGAAGAUAAAGCUUUAGCUUGUGAGAAAGCUUUGGUAGCUGGGUUAUUGUUAGGAAAAGGGUGUAGAUAUUUUCAGAAUAUUUCAAAACAAGAUCAUCAAGUCUUAAAGAAGAAAAUUAAGCAGAUGAAGAAAUCAGUGAAAAAAUACAGCAUUGUAAAUCCAGGACUCUGAUACUGAAUUUUAGUUACUUCAGAUUAGUAGCUACAGAGUAGUAACUCAGUUGAUAGCUUUAAAUGUAUUUAUUUAUUUGAUAUUUUAAGAAGGUAGCUUAUUUGGCUAUGAAAAAGUUAUAUUUUCUUUUACUAUCGGUUAUAGCUGAAGAGACAGUCUCAUUGCCUUUGCUCUUUGUAAAUAUAUUUUUCCUUUUUUUUUGUACUGUUAAAUGUAACAUUUAUUAAGGAAUAAUCUUCAAAUAAAAAUAUAUUUGUUUUAUCAGA